AUGCAGUCGUCGAACGUAACUGAUUGCACAAUGAGGAAAAGAGGAACAAAAAGAAAGAUUGAAAUUGAGAAACGCAUGACUAAACAACAACGAUCCGUCGCUUGCAGCAAACGCCGUCCCACACUCUUCUCCAAAGCGGCUGAUCUUUGCCUUCUCUCCGGAGCCAACAUAGCCGUUUUUGUAACUUCUCCUGACGAGAACUCCGAUGUCGUUUAUUCAUUCUCGGGCUACUCUCAUGCCUCUGAAAUUGUUGACUGUUACCUCAACAACAAGUCUCCUCCCAAGACUACUAUUAACCCUGAAUCAGCCAAGUUUUGGUGGGAAGAGCCCGAUCUUUACCGUGAUUGUGACGAUCUGUCUGAGUUAAGAAUCAUCGAAGAUCGUUUGAUGAGAACGAAGAAGCAUCUCAUGGAUUAUCUUGAGAAGAAAGAAAAAUCACACUCUGUUUCUAAAUCCGAUCAAAACCCUAACAACGACAGUGGGUCUUCUUCUUCGUCUUCUCAAAUUGCUUCUGAUUUUGGUCAAAACCCUAGUACCUUGUCUCCGUCUUCCUUAAAAAUUGUUUCUUUUGAUCAGAACUCUUACUCCUCACUUGAGCCUUCGUCACAAGUUACUACUUGUUUUGAUCAAAACCCUGUUUUCUCUGUUGGCAGCGAGUCAUCAUCUGAUCAAUCUCGUUACUUGGUGAAUGAAGAUUCUGGAUUUGUUGACGGCCUCUUAUGUGAAACAGAGGAAGAGAAUAACGGAAUGCGUCUUCCCCAAGAAACACAAACACAACCGAUGUUCACAGAGGAGGAUCAGAGCUUUUGGGAAAACCUAGAUGUCGACGACGUGUUUGGUCUUUUUAAGGACGACAACAAUCUUGAGGUUCCUCUUCAAGAUCAUUCCUCAACCAACGAAGACGACGAGUUAUUGAUCGACAUAAGUGAAUACUUAAGCGAAGAAGCAAUGGAAUGCCCAUGUUUUAGUUAG